ACUGUCAGGCCCAAAUACGGCUACUGAAUGGGCAAUUGAAGGCAGGCGACUUGUGCCAUUAAUGCCUCGUCUUGCACCACAGACUGCCUUUACUGCUAUUGCUGAUUCUGUUGCAAAUGCACAAGCUGCCAAAAAUGCAACUCUGCCUUUGCCUGGAAAAACUGGCUGUAGAGAAAUGAGCAAUGGUGGGGAAACAAUGGUCAGCCGUAAAAGGAAAGAACUGCCUACUGAUUCAACAGAAUCACCAUCAAAAAUGAGUGCACCAGACAACCAGUAUUUAAACAAUUUAUUCCCUUUUGAAAGUACUAAUUCAUCAGUUCCUGAGCCUUCUCAACUGCCUGUUUCACAGAGUUGUGAAAGUUUUCCAGUUACUGAGAGUGUCUCUCAAGUUUCAUGUGCAGACUUUAAUGCACCUAAAACCAUGUCUGUAUUAACAACAUGUGUUACUUCAGCUUCAUCACCAAUCAAAUCUUCUCCAAAGCAGGUAAUGUUAAAGUCAUCAUCAACUGUUACUACAUUUUCAACCUUUGACCAAUUAUCAACAAAUUUGUUAGCAAGCAGACCUACUUCGCUAUCUUCUGUUACUACAGUAGCCCAGGAAGAGCAAGUUUCUACUGUCUCUGAUGUUAAAACUACAUGUGAGUUAAAAAGUACUAUGAGAUUGUCACCAUCAGUCUCAUCUAUGAAACCAUUGUCUUCCAUAACUACUGUAUCGACUCCAUAUUCAAAUUUGAAUGCUGACAAGAUGCGCCUUCAAAUCAAAUUGAAUAUGGUUUCGGACAUGUUAUCUCAGAUUGAAUCGUUGCAACUGGAAUAUUAUGAUGUCAUUGAUGAUGAAAAUUUAUCGAGUGGGGAUUUAGAAUUUGAAGAAAUGAAAGACCGUUUAGAAGAAACAAACUAUAAGAACUUUAAAACAGCUUUGGAUGAACAGCAGCAAUACCCUUUAGCUUCUGAAGUAAUUCUUUCUGACAUCUAUAUGGACGACAUAGUCACAGGAGCCUCUGAUUUUGAGUCUGCUAUUGAAUUAAAGAAUCAACUAAUAAAGAUAUUCGACAGCCGUGGAAUGUCUUUACACAAAUGGCAAUCUAACUCUAAGAAUGUAUUAGACACUUUAAUAUCUAAGGAAAAAAUUUCACUUUGA